AUGAGGAGGGCCAACUCUAAAAAGAAGCAGAUCAAUCGUUCCCAGCGUGAGAAUGGCGAUCAGGGCAAGUCUUCUCCUUCUUCAUUGCUCAAGUUCGUGAAAGCCGCAGCUGGUAAGGUAGCCGGAGUAUUCACAAAUUUCCUCGGCCGACGACCGAGUGAUCGUUCCACCGCCGCCACCGUCAAUCUCGCUAGCAGGAGCACCAGCACCACCACGGGAUCUUAUUUCUCAAGCGAUCUGUCAAGGGUAAGCAACAGCAGCAAGAGCACCUCCAGAUUGAAGUCCUCCAGUUCUUACGGAUCCUACAGUACUAGUACUACAAGCGGAGGAGGAGGAGGUGUGUUUGGGACGCAGACUUACUCCCUUCAAGAGAUUGUUAAGGCUACCGACAAGUUCUCUGCGGCUAACAAGAUUGGAGAAGGUAGCUUUGGCACUGUGUACAAGGGAAGGCUCAGUGAUGGGUCUCUCGUUGCCGUCAAGCGAGGCAAAAAGAAUUCCCAGGACAAGCGUUUGACAACGGAGUUCAGAAACGAGAUACUGACUUUAUCUAGGAUCGAGCAUCUGAAUCUAGUGAGACUAUACGGUUAUGUCGAGCACGAAGAUGAGCAGAUUCUCUUGGUCGAAUAUGUUAACAAUGGAAACCUUCGAGAGCAUCUCGACAAUAGAAGAGGAACGGUACUCGAAAUUGGUGAACGUCUAGACGUUGCCAUUGAUGUGGCACACGCAAUUACCUAUCUUCACAUGUACACUGAUCGCGCAAUCAUCCACAGAGACAUAAAAGCAUCAAACAUACUCCUCACCGACAAACUUCGAGCCAAAGUUGCAGACUUUGGGUUUGCAAGGUUGGCUGCUGAAGAUUCUAAAGACACCCACAUCUCAACGCAGAUCAAAGGCACGACGGGCUACUUAGACCCUGAAUACCUCCGAACAUAUACGCUCACCGAAAAGAGCGACGUCUUCUCCUUUGGUGUCCUCCUCGUUGAGUUGGUCACAGGACGACAGCCAAUCGACCAGAAGAGAUCAGUAAAAGAGAAGGUCACGAUCAAAUGGGUAACCAACCAACCAAGGCAAGACAUUGUUGUUGGACACAGAAUUGAAAUUAAAGCUUCCGUUUUGGGUUGGGGUUUGAUGCAGGCAAUGCAGAGACUCAGAGGCGGGGAUGCGAUAAUGGUGAUGGAUCCAAUCCUGAGGAGGAACCCGGCAUCGAACCGGGCAGCAGAGGAAGUCCUGAAACUGGCCCAGAAGUGUCUGGCUACAAUGAGACAGUCACGGCCUUCCAUGAAGGAAUGCGCAGAGGUGUUGUGGAGAAUCCGCAAGGAGUUUAGAGAAGCAGCUGCUCUGCAUUCUUCUUCUUCUUCUGCCUCUGCUGCUGCUCCUCCUCCGUUCCAGUCUGCAGAUUACCCCAGGAGGUACCCGGACGAGACGCGGAGAACAACGUUUGGGAUCGAAGAUCAUGGUGACAACCCCAGGUUCAUCUCCGCUUGAGAAUGAAACCAGGAGAAGAGAAAAGGGUGAAAAGAAUUUUAGUUAGGCCGAGAAAACGGAGUAAAAUCUUGUACAUUCUUUAUUACGGUUUGUUUGUUUGUUUCCAAAUCCUUCUCCUCUGCCACAAAAUUAGCCCUCUCUCUGCCAUUGUUACCCCUGAAACUUGCCACGAUUGAUUGAGAUGUCUGAGACUGCAAAUUCCAAGAGUAGACUCCUUCCUUGUUUAUAUAUAUAUUCUUUGGCUCUGGAAAAUUUUCGUUCAA